AUGUCAAUCCCCUCCAUUAUUAAGCUCCUCCUAUUCUGCGCCCUCGCUAACGCCAUCUCGUUGUCUGAAUUGGUCAGACAGGCCCCAUUGACCCUCAACAGACCCAUCCCAGGUGGCUCACCCCUCUUGCAAUGUGACCUCGAAGAACCUCAGUCUCUCGAGAUCACCAGCGUCAGCUUGGACCCCAACCCUCCCCAGAGGGGCGAGAACCUCACCGUCGCUGCCUCGGGCAUCUUGAAGACCGUUGUCGAGGAAGGUGCGUACGUCGAUGUCGAGGUGAGACUCGGCUACAUCAAGUUGUUGUCGCAAACGUACGAUUUGUGCGAGCAAUUGGAGGAAAACGACGUUUCCGGGUUGAAAUGUCCGAUCCCAGCGGACGAGUACGACCUGUUGAAGAGCGUCGAGAUCCCUAACGAGGUUCCUCCAGGCAGAUACUCGUUCUUUGCGAGGGCCUACAACGCUGACGACACCCAGAUCACGUGUCUCACGGGCGAGAUCGUGUUCCCGGGGUACUAA